UCUUCUUCUAAGCAACAGACACAAAGUAUGGUCUGUCAAAGGCGCAGCCUGAUUCAUCUAACAGCGUCCCAGCGGGAAUUGACUGUAUUUUCCUUUAUCCACAACAGAACACUAUGCUAUCUCCGUCGGCGGAUCAAUCAUCUUUAAUCAAGCCGAUCAACGAGUGUAUCAAAACACUCCCGCACACUGAUGCAGACCACGCUGUGAUCAGCCGUGACUUACGUCUCGUUAGGACAGAUACACCCCAGCUAAACGGCCUCUAUGGCCGAUCCGACCCGACCCCUAAUGAGAUUAUCCGUCUUUUCUUUCAUAUGUAGAUCACUUGUCCGGGGGUUUCGCUCGCGGCAGAGCAUAAACGCCGUUUAUCUCCGGUGUCCCCUAGGUCGGUUCGUUACGGCCGUCUCAGUAGUAUUGCGACUUUGGUGAUAAGAACAGCUGAAGGGGAAAAAUGAUUUCAACAUGGGCUAUUCGACUUAUUGUAAUUUGUGCCGGUAUCAGCCUGGUGGCGGGAGUCGGGAAUGACGACUUCGUAGAUGCCUGCUUUGGAGUGGAAGGAGAUAAACCACCGCAUUGCGAGUACAUUGAUUUCGACGACGUAUUCGAGAGUUCCGAUAUCAAGUUCAAUUGGAGUUUCAUAACGAAGCUGACUAUCAGCAACAAACGGAUUAUCGGAAUACCAACCAGGAUGUUUGAAUCGCUCCCAAAUUUGGAAAGUUUCGUCGUGGUGAAUAGUUUAUUCUACCGUGAAAUCGACCCGAACAGUUUUGUCGAUUGUCACAAGUUGGAGCACGUCGAAAUUACCGGAACGAAUGUAACCUUUCUGGAUUCGCACCUUUUUCCAAAGACACCGAAAUUGAAACAUCUCCUGUUUCAUCACAACAAGAUUCGGGAAAUAAAAUACGACGCAUUUGAGUUUCUCGUAGACCUGGAGGAACUAAAUCUCUCGUACAACAACAUAUCCAGGAUACCCAGCGGAGCGUUCCACAAGCAAAAGAACCUCAAAACAUUAGAUUUGAAUCAUAACCAUCUUCUACUGUUGAGCUUCGACAGUUGGUUCCCGGUUGACGGAAUUCAUUCCUUGGCAUACCUAGAUGCGUCGUACAACGAGCUCAUCGAGCUCUCGUGGAGUGAAAUCACCGUGAAGAAGGUAAACUUGAAGUACAACAACUUGACAAACAUCCACAUCAACGGUAAUUGUUCGGAGCUCCACGCUUCCUACAAUAUGAUCGAGUCGGUUACCGUCGGCAGCAAUUGUUCAAUUGAAAAGCUGUAUCUCGCUCACAACCACAUCGGCAGCUUCGGCGAUCUUCGGAAGUGCUCGGAUACGCUACGCACGCUGGACGUCUCGUUCAACAUCCUCCAGCGGCAGUUCGACUUCCUCGGAAUGAAACAGCUGACGGCGCUCAACGUGGAAUGCACUAAUCUCACCCUGCAAUACACGACCUUGCAUGACCUGCGGAAGCUUAGGUUCCUGGAUAUUUCCUACAACAACUUGAAAAAGAUCGACUUCGAAAACCUCACCUCACAAAGGCUACUCGAGCGGCUCAUGAUAAGCGGCAAUCCGAUCGGCAAUAUGUCGAUCGGGUCAAUUAAGCGGAAUUUCCCAAAUCUCAAAGCACUUGGUAUAUACGACCUGCCGUGGAAUGAAUCAUCGCUCUCGGUUGCGAUCGAGGACCUCAAAAAACACGACAUAAAACCGUACAUCAAAAAUGACUACUUGUUCGAAGAGUCGCAAUGUCCACUGAAGAUAACGCGCAAUUUCAGCGGCAAUGGCGACGAUCACGAAGAGUCCGCUGAUCUCAUUCACGGGUCGAGCGGCGAUAAGACGAUCGAGUAUAUUGUGAUCGUUCUGCUGGUGGCCGUCAUCUGUGGGCUUCUGUUCAAGGUGUUCGUCGAUAGCCGAUAUUAUCGAGAGCUGUUCAAGGAUCGUCUCCGAGGUUCGUCGAUCUCCCAUGAAAGUUUACUUUAAUAGUGAAUCACCAGGCCAGGAGAUUACGAGUUGUUCUAUCGUCCAGCUCAAGAAACGCUGAUCCU